CAACCCUUCACGGCUCUCUCACCGGCCUCUAUAUAAGUAACCCUCUUCAAUUCCCCCCUCCUCACUACUCUCAACACUUCAAUGAUACAUAUGAUAUGAUCAACAAAUACAAUUACAUGCAUACAAUUGGUGUUAUUAAUAUGGGAUAUAAAUUCAAUAUUAAUAAUGUCACAAAACACCUCCAUCUCAUGCUCUUCUUCAUCCUUUACUCAACCAUCCAUUUGCAAACAUCGUCCUCGCAAAACCCGCCUUCGCUAGCGUGCGAUCCGAGCAAUGGCGCGACGAAGGCGUUGCCCUUUUGUCAGACCAGUCUUCAGAUACAGGCCAGGGUCAGGGACCUGAUCGGACGGCUGACGUUGCAGGAGAAGAUCAGGCUCCUGGUGAACAACGCUGCCCCGGUGGAGCGGCUGGGCAUCAGGCGCUACGAGUGGUGGAGCGAGGCGCUACACGGGGUGUCAAAUGUGGGCCCCGGGACCACCUUCGGGGGAAAGUUCCCGGGGGCCACAAGCUUCCCGCAGGUCAUCACCACCGCCGCCGCGUUCAACUCCUCCUUGUGGGAAGCCAUUGGACGAGCGGUGUCGGACGAAGCAAGAGCAAUGUACAACGGAGGGGCGGCGGGGCUAACGUUUUGGAGUCCAAACGUGAACAUAUUGAGAGACCCGAGGUGGGGGAGGAGCCAGGAAACACCCGGCGAGGACCCCAAAUUGGUAGCCCAAUACGCCGUGAGCUACGUCAAGGGCCUCCAAGGCGCUGAUGACAACACCAAUCGCCUCAAAUUGGCCGCUUGUUGCAAGCACUACACCGCCUAUGACCUUGAUGAUUGGAAAGGAUUUGAUCGCUACCACUUUGAUGCCAAAGUAAGUGCCCAAGACAUGGAGGACACCUAUAAUGUGCCCUUCAAAGCGUGUGUAGUGGAAGGGAAGGUGGCGAGUGUGAUGUGCUCCUACAAUAAAGUUAAUGGCAAGCCCACUUGUGCUGACCCUAAUCUCUUGCGUGGUACCAUCCGUGGUCAAUGGCGCCUCAAUGGAUACAUAGUUUCCGAUUGCGACUCUGUUGGUGUGAUGUUUGACCAACAACACUUCACAACCAAACCUGAAGAUACAGUUGCUGCUACUAUCAAAGCCGGCUUGGAUUUGGACUGUGGGCCUUUCUUAGCAGUCCACACAGAGGAAGCCAUUCGGGCCGGAAAACUCAGCGAAGCUGACGUCAACAAUGCCUUAUCUAACACAAUAACGGUCCAGAUGAGAUUGGGCCUAUUUGACGGAGCUAAACAGCCCUACAGUUACUUGGGCCCAAAGGAUGUGUGUAGUUCAGCCCAUCAACAAUUGGCCCUGCAAGCCGCCCAAGAAGGCAUAGUUCUGCUUAAGAAUACUGGACGGUCUUUGCCAUUAUCUCCCCAGCGUCACCGAACCAUUGCAGUAAUUGGGCCGAAUGCGGAUGCCACUGUUACUAUGAUUGGCAAUUAUGCUGGUGUUCCAUGUGGGUACACAACGCCGGUGCAAGGAAUAACAAGAUACUCCAAAGUGGUUCACCAGCCGGGCUGCGUGGGCGGCGUCGCGUGCACCAGCAAUCAAAACUUUGGACUGGCAGAGAUCGCCGCGCGCCACUCAGAUGCCACAGUCAUCGUGGCGGGGCUGGACCAGUCCAUCGAGAGGGAAGCCAAAGAUCGCGAGAGCCUCCUUUUGCCAGGGCUCCAACAAGAGCUCGUGUCCAGAGUCGCUAAGGCCUCUAGAGGACCAACCGUGUUAGUACUGAUGUCCGGUGGUCCCAUCGACGUCUCUUUUGCUCGCGAUGAUCCUAGGGUUUCUGCCAUUUUGUGGGCUGGCUAUCCAGGCCAAGCCGGCGGCGCUGCCAUUGCUGAUAUCUUGUUUGGAGCCAUUAAUCCUGGUGGAAAGCUACCAAUGACAUGGUACCCACAAGAAUAUGUAGAUAAGGUGCCAAUGACAAACAUGGAAAUGAGAGCUUCAUCAGGAGGGUACCCUGGGAGAACAUAUAGGUUCUACAAAGGCAAAGUGGUUUUCCCAUUUGGAGCUGGACAUAGCUACACCAGAUUUAAGCAGAGCUUAGCACAGGCCCCAUCCACCUUUUCCCUACCCCUUUUAUCUUCUUCAAAAACCUCUUCACUUGACAAUAACAACAAUAUGACGACAAUGUCUUCUUCGUCGAACCUGGGUAUUAAGGUUUCCCACACAAACUGUGACUCCCUCAACAUAGAUCUACAUAUUGAUGUGAAGAACAUAGGGGAAAUGGAUGGAACUCAUACAGUUCUAGUCUUUUCUUCCCCACCCAAUAACACUUCUAACAUUGUCCUCCCCACUAAGCACUUGGUGGCAUUUGAAAAAGUUCAUGUCAUGGCUGGAGCUCAAAAAAGGGUUAUGCUCUCUAUCAAUGUAUGCAAGCAUCUGAGUGUUGUUGAUGAAUUCAGGGUUCGAAGAAUUCCAAUGGGAAAGCAUGGCCUUCAUAUGGGCAAUGAUCAGGAUGAUGAUGACCAUUCUUUAUACUUACAAGUCAUGGUAUAGAAAAAAGGCUCUUGAAUAUUAAUGUAUGUUGUUUAAAGACAGAAUUAAAGCUUUUUUACUGUAUAUUUCAAUUGUUUCAAACACUUCUUCAGGAUUACUGUAUGCUUCUCUUCUACAAUUUAAAAGGGAGAAGCACCAAUUGUAAAAAGCAUACUUGAUAAAAUGUCAUGGUGAAUGUGAAUCCUACAAAGGCAUGCUAAUUUCUAAAUUGCCUUGCCAUUAUAAUAUAUAUUAAACAAGUAUAAAGUUGAUUUGUAUGU